AUCUAUAGAAUCAGGAUAUUUUUGACGCCCAUCACUAUUUAAACAAACAUUAUCAAACAUGACAUAUCUAUUAAAAAUAUAUAACUUUGUCUUCGACAGUUCUGCUUCUCAUAGAUAACACAAUUUAUAGACAAGUCUACAAUCCAAACAAAGGCAAAUUUGCUACAAAGAACAUUCAAUGUAAAAAGUGAAUCUGCUUAUUCAACAUCAAUAUAACGUUAUCUUCACCUUGUAGAUCUGUUGAAUUCAAACAUAUACAAAUUAGGAAUGUCUCACACAUUGAUCACGUAUUUAUGGAAGUGACGAUAAAAUAUACAAAACACAGCUGAAUGUUUAGUAAAUUAAUAGUGUUUAAUAAAGUUUUCAAAGUUUAAGUAGCUGCUCUAAAAAAUAAUCAAAAACCCUAAGAAUAUUAGAAUCUAGUGCUUCAAGACAUAGUUUUUAAGGAACAAAUCAUUCCAAAAGCUACAAACUUACUUCUUAAAAUUGAUCGGGGCGUGACAAGUCAAUUAGUCAUAAUGAAGAAAUUUCUUGUGUGUCGAUCAAAUCCAAAACAUUUUAUCGAGAAGUCCAACAAGUCUGAUAAACAUUUGAUAAUAUACUGUAAAGAUCUAAAGACAGUUUUUGAAGCUUGGCAUGAUCAUGUUGAUUCUACAGUGAAAAAAAUUACAAUUAAUAAUUUUACAGAUGAUCCAAAACUUUCAAUUAAUCCUUAUGCCUUAAUGCCAGAAUUAACAGUCAGCACGAGUGUUAAAGAAUUAAACUUCAAUUGCUACACACAUGAUUAUUGGAUGACACUUGUUCUUUCGUUAUGUCCCAACGUUCAGGAAUUACAUUUUCACAAAUUAACAAAAGAGAAAUUAAAGCAUAUCGCUGAGAACCUUGAGUUUGUCACACAUAUUAAGUGCUAUUAUAUUGAAAAUGAUAUUAUUGACUUCUACAAUGAUUUGAUUUCGCAUAGGAAUGAUAUUAAUUCGGAAAUAAAAAUUAAUUAAAUUUUAAACUGACCUAGUUGUAAUGCUACAAUAAAUUUUAAAUAAUCUAUAGUUACGAAAUUAAGUAAGAUGAUGCAUUUUCGCUUAUUAACAUCGAACGAUGCUUUAAGGACAUUCCAAUUUAAAACAAGCAGCUAUCAGAAAGUCGAAACGAUAUUAUCUUGCAUUGACAAUGUCGAAUUCAAAAAUUUCACAAUUUUAUGUACAAAAAAAUAUAUUUUGUACAGGUGCAACAGGCUUUAUGGGAAAAGUCCUUGUUGAGAAACUACUGCGGGAUUGCGGAGACCUUAACAUAAUUUAUAUACUUGUAAGGACUAAGAAAGGAGUUACUCCACAGAAGCGCUAUGAAAACUAUAUAAAUGACGUAGUUUUUGAUAGAAUAAGAUCAAGCAAGCCCGAUCAAUUCAAAAAGAUAAGAGUCAUCAAAGGAGAUGUGACACUAGAUAAUCUCGAUCUUGAUCCAAGCGAUGAAGAGGAAUUAAUAGAAAAUGUAAAUUUAGUGUUUCACUGCGCUGCCAAUGUAAGGUUUGAUUUAAAACUUAAAGAAGCCGUGAACUUCAACUUGAAUGGAACAUUUAGUGUCUUACGUCUUGCUGAAAAAAUGAAAAAUCUUCAAGUUUUUAUGCAUGUAUCCACAACAUAUUGUCACUGUAAAGAAGUUAUUUUAGAAGAACGCUAUUACAGAGCGAAUGAAAAUCCUUUUGGUAUAAUGGAAAUGGUAAAGACAUUAAAUGAUGAGACAUUAGAACAUAUUACACCGAAAUUACUGAAGGAUCUACCAAAUACUUAUGCAUUAACUAAAGGACUUACAGAAAAUUUGGUCCACUCAUUUCAAGGAAAAUUCCCAAUUGUGAUCGCUAGACCUUCAAUAGUCAUAGCCGCUUGGCAAGAGCCAUAUCCAGGAUUUGUUGAAGGUUUGAAUGGUCCAACAGGUUUGCUAGUUGCUGGAGCAAAAGGUGUUCUUAGAUCAAUGCAUUGUAAUCCAAAUUAUCCAGCAGAGACGGUGCCAGUCGAUAUAAGUAUUAAUUGCAUGAUUGCUCUUGCAUAUAAAAAGUCAAUUAUGGAUGACAAAGACGUUCUUUAUUGUAAUAUGACAGAUAAUGGAACAAAUCCUAUAACAUGGGGUGAAUCCUUAGAAAUGGGAAGAAAAGUAUUUUAUAAAUAUCCUAUGAGUAUUUCAUUAUGGUACCCAGAUGGUUCCAUUAAGUCCAACUAUUUUGUUCAUUUGUGGUGUGUGAUUUUCUUUCAUUUCCUUCCUGCAUAUUUCAUCGAUGGACUUCUCUUUAUCACUGGAAAUAAACCAUUUUUGGUCAAUGUUCAGAAACGCAUUAAUCAAGGACUUAAAGUUCUUCAGUAUUACACGACACGAAAAUGGACAUUUCAUAAUGACAACUUUAAAAAAUUAAGCAAUGAAAUGAAUGACAUCGACAAAGAAAUGUUUAACUGUGAUAUGUCAAAAAUAAAUCAUGAAGUUUAUGCUCGUAAUUGUGUAUUUGGAAUCAGGCAGUUCAUAGUCAAGGAGAAACCAGAGCAGCUACCUAAAGCUCGUUCAAUGCUACGAAAAUUGUACAUUGUGGAUCGGAUGGUGACGUUCAUCUUCUACGGAUUAAUAAUAUUAUGGAUUUAUAGCUAUUUUGGUAAAUUUUUCUACUCCAAUUAAGUUUUUGUCAGUGAAUUUAUUCUAUUUUCAACUCCCUAUGUUAAUUACAAUCAAAUAUUUUUAUAUCAAUCUGCUUUAAUUUAAGAUAAGCAUUUAUAUAAAAAUUUGCACAUGUUUUUAAAUUCAUUAUUUCAAAUUUUAGUUGUAUUUUAAUAUAAAUUAAACCCAUUAGAAGAAAUGAAAUAAUUCAUUGUGGGCGGUCGCAAUGAUAAACAUCAAAAAAUUAUAGUUUUAAAUCCCCAAUCCCACAUGUAUGUGAACAUUAUAAUGCAGAACUUUGCUCAAAAUAGUGAUGAUCAAACUUUAUAUCUCGACACAAAAAAUAGAUAGGACACGUCAGGUGCAGAGAUGUAUGGAGAAGGGGUUUAACCCGAAUAGCACAAGUUGGAUAACCCAAAUAGCACAAGUCGGAUAAUUCGAAUAGCACAAGUCUACAAUCCAACACCGGGACUUUGUCUCGAUUAUCCGACUUGUGCUACUCGGGUAACUUAUGUUAAUGUUGUAAUAUCACCCAACAGACAUGUUGAGGGAAAAAUAGAAAUUCGGUCGUGAUCCACAUCAAAAAAAUUGGGUUGGGGGUAGGGGGGGGGGGGGGGGGGGUUUAGUUCAAAUCAACAUGGUUUUUAGCGCAUUUUUGAAAACUUGUUUUCGAAAAGGGAGCUCAAUAAUACACUUUGUUCGUUCGUUCGUUCGUUCGUUCGUUCGGGCAAGCAUAAAAACUUUGCAACCAGACAUCGUAGAGAGCUCGGAUUUGUUUUAUUAGCUCCGUUACUAUUGUUUAUUGUCCGAUCGAACAGUUAAAAGUCUUCAAGCAGUGUAUUUAUGCUAUAAUUAAUGAGUUUUUGUUUUGUUUUCAGUGUAACCUGCUGAAAUUUUGUUCUACCUCUAUAAAUUCAAAUUUACCUCUAUAAUUUCAAAUUUUUUCUAGCCUAUGUAAAAUUUCAAAUUUUAAAAAACCGUUAAAUGAUAAACUUUUUCUAUAUGGAAAUUCAUUGCAGCAAAUUAUUAAUUAUAAUCAAAUACUGAUCGCUUCGUCAAAAAUGCGCUGAAGUCCCUCGAUCAAUAACACGAGGACUUUUGUAAUUUUUUAAUGAGGACUUUAGAAAAACAUAAAGUCUCCCAUAAUAUUCCAUCCUAUAAAAAAGGAGCAGCACCCCCUCCAAAAGAUUUUGCCUGAAUGGCACAAGUCGGUUAAUCGAUCAGAAAUCCAGCAUCAAGCAGGUGUGACUCUGGAUUUAAAUUGAAACCAGCACCAUGCCGGAAUCAUGCCGGCUUAGUGCCGAAUUUUUAUUCGAUUAACCAACUUGUGAUAUUCGGGCUGGAUACUUACUCCCUUAGAUCAGUGUUGUUCACACAGUUUGGACAACACUGCCUUAGAUAAUGGCAAUUUCAACAUAGUUCCUAAUUUUAUCUUCUUAUAAGCUAGUACAAUGAAUUUCAGCUAGCAUUUAAUAUCUAAUAAUUAAUGCCCUACAAACAGUUUGGCUAUCUUAAUUUAGGUAAAAAAUUUUGCUAUUUGGUGGUGAAUUUUUAUUAAAGUACAACAAGUUGAACCUUCGGAGCUAUGUGCUAUCUCAUCAAAAAAACUUGUACAUAUUUCUUUAAUUAUUAUUGCACAUGCUUAAUAAAUUACUUUUCUUAAAUUUUCAUAAGCUGAGUUCAUAAUACCCCAACUUAUUGCAGCACGAAAACAAUUCAUGUUAAGGCCUUUAUAAACAUUACGAAUCGACCUAUCUCGAGUUUUAUAAAUUUCCUUAAACACUACCAGUACAUUAUCGUAUUUCCCUCCGAUUUUACUUUGUAUUACAACUUUGACUACAUUUAAUGGAUAAAAUAUGGAACUAGUGAAUGCACCGAUAACAGCACCAGCGACAAAUUGCUGCAUGUUUGCAUAGAG